AUGCGCAGUGCCAAACUUUUCGCGCUGAGCGCCCUCGCGGCCGCAUCGGUCGCUGCGACUACUACGAGCGGCAAAUUCACGGCCCUAAGUUUCAACGUUGCUGGUCUGCCUGAAAUUCUUAACAGCAAUGACGUGAACGGCUCGAAAACCGAGAACGCGGAGGAGCUGGGCAAGUACUUUGCUGAGUAUGCCUAUGACAUCAUACAGAUGCAGGAGGACUUCAACUACCAUGCGUACAUUUACGAGUACGACGAUCAUCCUUACCGCACGGCUACCUCCGGUGGGGCGGCCAUUGGCAGUGGCCUAAACACCAUUUCCAACUACGACUGGGUUGACUUCACGCGUGUCAAGUGGAAUGAGUGCUCUGAUGCCUCCGAGUCGGACUGCCUGACACCGAAGGGUUUUACCUUCAUGCGCUGGAAUCCGUCCGAGGGAGUGUAUAUCGACUUUUACAACCUCCACGCCGAUGCUGGCACCGAAGACGGGGAUGAGACCGCCCGCAACUCUAACCUCCAACAAGUCGCCGAUUAUAUCGAUACUUGGUCCACCGGCAAUGCCGUGGUCGUGAUGGGCGACACCAACAGCCGCUACACCCGGAGCGCCGACACCGGCAUUCGCGUCUUCAAGUCGCAGAGCAGCCUCACCGAUGUCUGGGUCGAGCUGGAGAUGGGCGGAGUGUAUCCGACGGCGGGCGCGGACUCGCUGAUGUGUGACAACCCGUCCCCGGUCGAGACAUGCGAGACAGUCGAUAAGGUGCUCUACCGGGGGUCCAGCAUCAUCACCCUGACGGCGGACAGCUUCCUCUACGACGGCGAGCAGUUCCUCCACACCGAUUCUGAGUACUUCGGCGACGUGCUCUCCGACCACAAUCCGGUGUUGGUGAACUUCAGCUGGGCGCUGUCCUCAUCGCUCCGCCAAAGCGAGUUCUCCGGUGGGCCGCACGGCAACUGGUUCAACGACCUGCCCAACCUACCUUCCUCGCCCGUGGCCUCUGUGCUGACCUUUCGCGGUGCGGACCGUCUUGAUGCGGUCGCUCUGGAGCUGACGGACGGCACUACUUUCAGCCAUGGCGGCAACGGCGGUACCGAGGUGUCUCUGACGCUGGCAACCGGGGAGUACUGGACCCAGGCGGAGCUGUGCACCGGCCAGUACAACAGCCACACGCGCAACUUCUACAUCAAGGCCACGACGAGCGCGGGUAAUUUCGUUGAGGCGGGCACCCCGACGGACAACUGUACCACUUUCACCGCGGAUGAGGGGUACGCCAUCGUCGGGUACAUGGGACAGGGUGGCGAUGAGAUGGACCAGUUGGCUUUCAUCUAUGCUGCCUACUAA